AUGGUGAUGGAAGCUUCACGAGCUGAGUACCUUGGGAAUGACAAGUUUAAGAUGCAUGUGGAACGUGCUUCAACUGCGGAACCAUCAUCGUCUGGAGCUAUGGAGGGUUCAAAAGAGCAAGUUCUGAACAGUGGGAUGGAAUUGGUGUUGUCAAUGGGAUUCAGUUAUCUGGCAAUAGAAGCGUACAGCAUAUUGGGGGAUGAUGUGGAGUCCAUGGUGUGUUAUCUCCUAGAAACAGGGAGUAGCAGCAGACGCGAAGGCAAGGCAACCGAACCAAGCAAUGAAAGAAUGUAG